UGUUCGUGCAUGUCUUGCGUAGAGUUGUUCUUAGCCACCUAAAUAUAACUCUUUUGUUAAGUAACGAUCAUUUUCAUACAACUCUCGUUUUGUUAAUUAUUCAGAAGUACCUGAACAACCUGACUGCGCUCGCGGAUUUGCUCUUCUCCUUCUCCGUUUUUCAAAAUAAUCCCAUCUGUCAAUAUCGAGCUAGCCUGUUAGCCUUGUAGCUAAAGCAGGUGGAGGUGGUUAUGAGACGCUCGCAGCUUUAAUUUUUAUGUUUACAUCGCGUCGGGAUCACUGAUGGCAGCUCGGCAGCCCUUCACAGACACGGACACUUCUGAUGAAGCGGUCAGGGCGACCUGUGACGAUGCCACCACAUGUAAAAGGUUUGCUACCAGUAAAGGCUACUGGAAGGACCCCUAUAUCCAGUAUUUCGCAAGAUCGGUAGGAGAGCGGAAGGCACCAGAAAUCAACAGAGGUUACUAUGCCCGCGUUCAAGGGGUCAACCAUCUCCUCGACGCGUUUAUAAGGAAAGCAGAGUGCGACUGUCAAGUGAUCAAUUUGGGAGCUGGACUGGACACCACGUUCUGGAGACUCAAGGAUGAAAACCUGAUGCCUCGCAAGUCCUUUGAAGUCGACUCAACAGUUGUGGCCAGAAAAAUACACAACAUCAAGACUAAACCGCCUCUGUCCAAACCGCUCAUCGAAACCCACUCCACAGACUCCUUACUGCUCGACGCCCACAGCCUCGACUCAGACCGGUACUGUAUCAUCGGAGCCGACCUCAGAGACGUCUCCAAUCUGGAUGAAAAACUGAAGAAGUUUCAGCUCAACCCAGAAUUACCCACACUGCUGCUGUCAGAGUGUGUGCUGGUCUACAUGACACCCUCCCAGUCCUCCAAUGUGGUUCACUGGGCUGCAGAAACCUUCCACACCGCCAUGUUCAUCAACUACGAACAGGUGAACAUGAGCGAUCGGUUUGGUCAGGUGAUGAUCGAGAACCUGCAGCGUCGUCAGUGCACCCUGGCGGGAGUGGAGACCUGUCAGUCUCUGGACUCUCAGAAGGAGCGUUUCCUGAAGAUGGGCUGGGAGCACGCUGAUGCUCUGGACAUGAUGACCGUUUACAGUAUGCUGCCUCAGGAGGAUGUGGGAAGAAUCGAGCGUCUGGAGUUCCUAGAUGAGCGGGAGCUUCUGCAACAACUGCUUCAACACUACAGCAUCUGCUGGGCCACCAAGGACAAACUCAACCUGGGUCUGUCGCAGCUGGCAUUUUGAGUGUGAAACUGCUCCGCUGUUGGGACAUGAUUUACACGCGUGCACGCCAAAAUCAACAGCAGGAGAAGAAGAGGGAAAGGAGACGUUGGGAAAGAGGAAGCCCGUGUCCUCCGUCAGGCCGUCGUCCGGGAGCUGUUCCGGUGCAAAAACUCCCGCCAUCAGCAGAAUGUGAUUUGACGAGCGUCCUUUGUGACCUCACAGGUCUCCAAGAUGAGACAUGAAGAGGCUGAGGACUGUGAGGACAUUUGUCUCUGCAUUGAGUUACUCUCUGCACAAUCCCUUAUUUCAAAACCUGCUUACCUGUGUUAGAUAUAAAAGUCUUCAGAUGUCUUAUAUUUGUCCUUUUCUGGUUUUAUGUGCCAUUUUGUUUUUAUUUAUUAAUCAGUUGUACUUCCACAGUCAUUUUCUUUUAAAACAGACACACUCGUGCAUGUGAUAUAACUAGUGAUUCUAUUUGAUGAAGGCUGUUUAACUGCAGUUGAAUAAAAAAGUCCUUUUGUGUAA